GCUCCGUCCGAGGCGGCGCCGCCGCUUCCGGCGCGCGGGGCCGCCACGGUGCGCGCCUGGCGCCGCUGGCGCCGGUGGCCCCGCCCCCUGCCGCGUGCUGUCCGCGCGCUCCUUCGGGACCCGCCGGCACCGGCCCCGCGGCCCCGCAGCGCCUCCGCCGCAAGCAGCAGCCGCUGGCCGUGGCCAGGCAAGUGGCCUCCCAGUGUCAACUGCUUCAGUCAUCCUUGGAGCGCCCGUCCUCCCCACAACUUCCCCAGCUACCCGAUGAGCCGAUGUCACUCCAAGAUGCUCCAGGGGGUCUUUUCCAGAUGCCCCCUGGAGACCCAUUCCCUGAGCGGGUGACAGUAGUCUGGUUAUCGGUGCUGGCCCUUGCCUUCGCCUUGGUUUGUGAACCUCAGGAGAAUCUGUCGUUGGCUGAGAUCACCCUGCGGCGCCUGGCUCCCCGCCUGCUCCUCUCCCUGCGCCUCCUUGGCCCUGGCGCUGAUGUCCUGCUCCGUCCAGAUGCUGCUGAUGGCCUCCUGGACCGUGUCCUGCCCCAUGGGCAGAUCCUUUUUCUCAAUGAACGUUUCCUCCGGGCAGUGGACUGAGAGCUGGUUAUCAAAGCAUCCCGCUGGGCUACAGAUAGCAUUCCUGCCUACCACCCCCAGAUAUUUUUGAGGGAUGAGAAACAAGGGAGGGAUCUGAGAUGGUCACCAAGCCCCACUGGGAUGGAUGAGAAACAUAGUUCAGGAAUAAAGAGCAAUGAGCCAGCUAAGAGCAGGGUUUUGAUCCAUUUAUCCCCCAAACAGCAUAAUGGGAGAGCUAAUAGCCAUCCCCAUAAAUCCACCUGUCACAGGUCCAGACUCCAAAGUGCUUUCCCUUGUAACUGCACUUGUAAAGCUGGAGCACUUGAGGAGGGGUGCUGGGCACGGGGCUUCAGCCAUGAUAGGUUUCUGGCUGUGUCGGGGGAUCUCACUGUGUGCUGGAGCUGUGGGGGCAUUGCAGCCCACUGUGGCAUCCCACCCUUAAGGGGAAGGGAGCACUGUCUUCACCUUCCCAUGUGAUGGCAGCUGUCACCCACAACUGGCUUGAAUACAACCAAGAGCCAAAGAGAUGUUAUCCUGGAGCAUUUCAAUGGUGUUAGCAAUUAAUUGUUGAUGAGAGUCAGCUGGAAUCUGAAUGUAUGAGCCAUUAUUGUAUCUGCACUGAUAGGAUUCCAGUUGCUGGAUUUCAGUAUCACCUAGUUUAUGGCCAAAAUUCUCUUGCAAAUCAGCCACCUGAAUUGGAUCAAAUGGGAUAGUUACUUGUGUGUGAUUGUCCUCUCCACCAUGAGGUCUAGCAGAUUCAGGGGAAGUUGAAGGAGGUAAAGAAUCAUCUUUUCCCAGUUUUCUGUUUUGGGGAUUGCCCUGUAUGUUUCCAUCCCAUGUAAGUCUGCCAGACUUUUCCUGGAACUUUGGCCACCAUAUAUAGCACUGUUUUGGUAGCAGUUUGCCGACCCUGUCCAUCAUCUGUAUUUCAAUUUUAAGUAAAGAUCAUGAUGUUAUUUCCUCAUCAUCAGAUGAAAA